UCCAGAGACACUGACAUCAGGAUUUCCAUCAGCUCAAUUCAGCAGAAAUCUGACCAUGAAGCUGCUAUCAGUCCUCCUCCUUCUCCUGGCUCCAGUAUUGACUGGCUGCAUCCCUCUGGUCCUCCCAAUGUGUUCCAGAGGAGGAUGGAUGGCUCGGUAAACUUCUACAGACCCUGGGACCAGUACAAGACGGGCUUCGGUAGCGCUGCUGGAGAGUACUGGCUCGGUCUUGAGAAUCUCUUCCACCUGACUCUGAGGAAAAAGUACGAGCUGCUGGUCGACAUGGAGGACUUUGAGGGAAAUAAAGUAUUUGCUCGUUACUCCUCAUUCUCCAUCGACCCAGAGUCCCAGGGAUACAGACUGAAUGUAUCUGGAUUCACUGAUGGAGGGGCAGGAGACGGACUGAGUUAUCACAACGGACAGAAGUUCUCCACCUUCGACAAAGACCAGGACUCCUCAGACAGGAACUGUGCCAAAAUCUUCCUGGGGUCAUUCUGGUACAAUGAUUGUCACCGUUCAAAUCCCAACGGAGUUUAUCGUUGGGGGGCUGAUGGCACUAUCUUUGCUGUUGGAGUGGAGUGGAAACAUUGGAAGGGUCAUGACUACUCCCUGAAGACCAUCAGCAUGAAGAUCCGUCCUGUGCAGUAGUUCUCCAGGACCAACCUACAGCAGAAUAUCAUCAGCUGACACCAACCUUCAGAUGGAAAAAAUAUGGAAAGGCAAAGCAGCUGUGAAAAGAUUUUAAACUAGUUUAAGCAAACUGUUUGGUGAAGGUUUUAAACCCUAAUGUGAAUCAUUAUCUGCUGGACGCUGACGAUAAAUGAGGAGCUGA